AUGACCUCCUCCGUAGCCCCAACCACGGCCGCUUCCCAACUGCAUAUUACCACCAUCGCCACCGCCACCGGGACCUCUGCACUCACACCGCCCUCAUCAAACCACAGCCCCAGCAACGCGCGCUCCUCCCCGCAUUCGGCGAGCAGCUCCCCUCGCGGCAGCAGCACCACCACCGGCGGCACAGGCGGCGGCGGCGGCGGGAGCGGCGGCAGCGGGAGCACGAACCAGGCGUGCGCGGCGUGCAAGUACCAGCGGCGCAAGUGCAACCCGGACUGCCCGCUGGCGCCCUACUUCCCUGCCGACCAGCAGCGGCGCUUCCUCAACGCGCACCGUCUCUUCGGGGUCAGCAACAUCCUCAAGACGCUCAAGAAGCUCCGGCCGGACCUCUGCGCCGACGCCAUGGGCACGCUCAUCUACCAGUCCGACAUGCGCGCGAAGGACCCCGUCGGCGGCUGCUACCGCCUCAUCCUCAGCCUGGAGCGCCAGGUCGAGAUCGAGACGGCCGAGCUCUCCGCCGUCCUCCACCACCUGGCGCUCUGCCGCCAGGCGGCCACCGCGAUGCCACCGCAGCAGCAAGGCGGCGGCAUGGCUGACCUCGACGUCACGUCCUCCAACCAGCCGCUCCUCCUCAACGCGCAGCAAGAGGUCGUUGACGCACUCUACACGACGACUCACGACGCUGACACGGCCAUCCUUCCAACCGACGAGGUCGUCCACCACCACGGUGGAGGCCACAGCCCCAAGGAUGAUCACGGUGAGCAGCAGCAGCAGCAGCAGCUCUUCGACUACUUCUACUACGACGCCACCGCCAGCGACGAUGCCAGUAGCAAGCCUACCAUCGACAUCAACCUCGACAACAUGCAACAAUUCGAUUUCGACGAUAGCUGCGCCGCCGCCGACAAAGUAGAUCUGAUGGCUCCGGCGGGGCCUGAUGAAGAAAUAAGGCAUCAGCAGCAGCACCUCGACGUGAAUUGCGGCCAGAUUGACGCCAAGGAUUAUUUCGAGAUAAAGGCGGUGUCACUCGUCGACGCGUUUGACAUGCGGCAGGAGCUGCAGCCGGUGGUGGACGUGAACGACGCCGGGGUUGACAUUGACAUCAAGACGGUGGAUGUGAAUGCGGCCGGCAUUGGAGUCGACAUCAAGGCGAUGGACAUGAACGCCAACGUCGACGUCAAUGUCGACCUACAGGAGGAGGAUGGCGCCAUCAAUGUCUCCACGGCUGAAGCCGCACAAAUGGCAGCUGAGUCAUCGCAUUGCAGGCUAGGGUUAGGCUUUUCUUCAUUCUGA